UUGUGCACGGCGAGGAACUAGACGGUUCGGCGGAGGGAUCCUCAUUUAAUCGCCGUUCUGAGGCUUCCGCGGAGCAAAAAAUGUCUGCUCAGGGAAACUCAUAACACACAGAUACAGAGGAUAUCUGUGCGUUUAUCGCGAUUUUAUCACUGUAUGGUUUAAUGUGGAGUCCUUUUGCACCGAACCCCAGCUUCUACUCCUGCGGAUGAACCCCAGUGGAGCUCUGCUCGGAUAAAAGGUACAACGUCCAGUAGUUUAACUAAGAUUUCGAAGAGUGAGAGAACUUGGGAGUUAAGAAGGAUGAGACAGGACACUGAGGCGCUGGAACUUCUCUCUCAAACUCUGUAUUAAUUUACCUCAGCUAAAGGGAACUUGUGGAUGAAGGAGUGAUGAUAAGUAACGUGUUGUGAGUGAGAGCCUCGCCUUACCAGCCUGAACACCACCGUGCAUCACCCUGCUCCACCCUCAUCCCUUCAUCUCUCAAUCUGUGUUGACGUUCAGCAGAUAAUGUAAAGGAAAGCCAUCACAUCUGCAUCCUCGGCUCGUCUCAGGAGUGAACGGUUUAGAGGCUGCUCGGAGCCUCUUGCCUCCGAGUCAGAGCUUCUGAUUGUUCAUCCGCUUGAUGAAGCAGCAUCUCACACGAACGCGCACAUCCCUCUACUGUGUGUGUGUGUGUGUGUGUGUGUGUGUGUGUGUGUGUGUGUGUGUGUGUGUGUGUGUGUGUGUGUGUGUGUGUGUGUGUGCGCGCGCGCGCGUGCACACCCCUCCAUCGCCUGCGUGAUGCCGAAACGAUCAGUAGUGCGGGGGUCGAACGGGACCACCAGUGUGAUAAACAGUCAAGGUUUAUCAAACGAUCUGGAAGUCGACACUUGAUCGUCUACAUAUUUGUUGAAACGCUUCCGUGCGUCAUCACAUGGAGAAGUGAUGACUCGGUCUGGUCUCUCUAGAUCUCUCUAGAUCUUCUAGAUCUCCAGGAUGGAUCCCCCGCAGCGGAGCGCCGCUGUUGGAACCGAUAAGGAAUUAAGUGAUCUGCUGGACUUCAGUGCGAUGUUCUCUCCACCUGUCAGCGGGGGGAGGAACAGACGCACCAGCCUAGGCAGCAGUCGGUUCACUGCAGCAGGUAUGGACGAGGGGGGCACCCCCACCUGGACCCCCAGGGGCCCGGCCAGCCCUGAGAACCAGCCCCCCAGGGUGAGACAGCCUGUGGAGGCACACCACAACGCAUCGCAACACUACACAACACAACACAACACAACGCAUCGCAACACAACGCAUCGCAACACUACACAACGCAUCGUAACACAACGCAACGCAACACAUCGCAGCACAACGCCAACGGUUAAAGAGCUGACAAUGUGGCCCGUUGUGGGCGGGGCCAGCCCGCUCCCCGCCUGCAUGCACACGCCCCCGCCCCCACCCGCCCACCACGUCCCCCGCACCACCACGUCACGCCGCGCCACGCGGGCUGACGGCUGGCUUCCUCUACACAUCUUCCUCCUCGGCUCUGGCGUCCCCCUCCCCUCGGCCGCCCUCAUCGAGAUGAACGGAGGCGGCGUCGCGGCCCGGCGGGCUUCACCGGGGGUUCUCAUUACGGCGAUCAGCUGA